AUUAAUUUAUGAAUCCUUUUGUGACUGAUACUUUAUCAAUGGCUCAAAUCAAAUCCAUCAAUUCUAGAACAAUUUAAAUCGAUAAUGCAACUAAUAUACCUAAAAAUAUAAAACCCUUUCAAUAAAUAUAAAAUUCUAAUGGAAUUUACAUCUUAUUUGCAACAUAAUAAGUAUUAAUGAUAUUUAUAUAAACAGGAAGCAAAAGAGGCUUAAUAGUAAUUAAACAAUUAGAAAUUUCAUGCUUCUCUUAUCAAUGAAGUCGAAUAAGAAGUAUAUACAAUCAGUGUACUUAACAUUCCUCAUACAACCAAUUAGUAAUUAUAGUAAGCAUUUUCUAUAUUUGGUGAUAUUGCUUAUAUCACUAUAUUGAAAGAUGAUGAUGGUGAAUCUAAAGGAGUAGGCUAUGUAACUUUUCAAAAUAAAGAAGCUUAUGAUAAGGCUAUCAUUGCCAAAACUUUGAUUUUUGAAGAAAACAUUUUGACAAUACUUUAGAAAUAACCUAUACAUAUAAUGGAAAACAGAUUUAAAUAAUUGAAGUUCAGAAAAUAAUAACUUGAUAAGAAAAAGUUAAAGCAUAAUAAAAUCGAAAAUGUUCAAAUAUCAUAAGUUGAAACUAAUUUAGUAAUAUUAAAAUCUAAUAUUAGGACUUAGAAUUAAAAAAUGAGAUGAGAACAAGUGGCAGAGUGAUAAGAAAAAAAAUAAGAAAAAUUAAAUCCAAAGUUGGUGACGAUGAUUUUGCUUUAGUUGCUAAAAUGAAAUAAUUUAAGAAAGGAAUAUAAAAGAAAUAAGAUUAAUUCUUUCGUAUUCCAUCAUAAUUAAAAGCUAAAAGAGAAUAGAGAAAAUUAAAAAUGGAGUAAAACAGAAAAAAAGCCAAUAAAAUACAUAAAAUGUGA